AUGCCCAUGUACGCUAUUCUUGGAGCUACCGGCAACACCGGUCAAGUCAUCCUCUCCACCCUUCUCCAGAGCCCCGAGACCACCAUCCACGUCCUCGUCCGCUCGCGCAAGAAGCUGUUGGGCCAGAAUCCAUCGAUUGCAGCUAAGCAAAAUGUGAAGAUCCAUGAGGGCGAUAUCUCCGACAUUCCGAAGGUGGCAUCUUGCAUUGCAUAUCCCUGCAGCGCAGUCUUCUCAUGCGUCGCCACGAAUGAAAACGUUCCCGGCUGCUCGAUUGGGCUCGACACCGCACAUGCAGUCGUAGCGGCGCUCUUCAGGCUGCGUCUUUCAGAUCCAACCGUUAAUCUCCCGCGUAUCAUUGUUAUGAGCUCUGCAGUCAUCAACGACAAAUUAUCCCGCGAGACGCCUAGGGUAGUGCGAAAGCUGCUUUACACUUCCUUUAGCCACGUAUAUGCCGAUCUCGAAAAAGCAGAGAAGUACUAUCGGCUUCAUCGGACCUGGCUGACGGUGACAUUCAUUCAGCCCGGUGGGCUUGUCCAUGAUGCACCCUGCGGUCACACACUGUCGACAGAGCGGGAGCACACCUUCUUAAGCUAUGCGGAUCUGGCUGCAGGGUUUAUCGAAGCCGCGAACUUCAAUGAUAAAUACGAUUGGAAAUGCGUAAGCGUUUUGCCCACGGGCAAGACCCGGAUUAAUUGGACAUCACCAAUAAGUAUGAUGCGUGGGCUUCUUUGGGCUAUGAUGCCGUGGUUGUAUUGGGUUCUUCAUUGGGUAAAAUUGGUCUAA